GACAGAAAAAAAGAAAAGAAAAUCAGCCUGGCUAAAUCUGAGACUCUACACAGCAUGGAAGAAGCCAACCAGACAAAUGUCAGCUAUUUCAUCCUGCUGGGAUUCACUACCACUGCAGAGCUUCAGAUUCUCCUCUUUGUCCUCUUCCUCAUUGCAUACUUGAUGAUUCUCAUGGAGAAUUUGAUAAUCAUUGUAGUCAUUUGGGUCAAUAAUAAUCUUCAUAAGCCCAUGUACCUCUUCUUGUGUAACCUCUCCUUUCCUGAAGUCUGGUACAUCACAGUCAUUGUUCCUAAAAUGUUGGGAGAUUUUCUAUCACAAGACAAACACAUCUCCUUCCAAGGUUGUCUAACCCAGCUAUAUUUUUUUGUCACUUUUGUGUGCACUGAAUAUAUUCUUCUAGCUGUGAUGGCAUAUGAUCGGUACUUAGCUAUAUGCUAUCCACUUCGUUACCCAGUCCUCAUGAACAAUAAUUUCUGUGCUCAGCUUUCAACAGGAUGCUGGAUAUGUGGUUUACUCACCUCCAUGAUCAAACUUAGCUUUAUUGGCCGGCUGAAGUAUUGUAACACUUACAAGAUCAAUCACUAUUUCUGUGAUAUUUCACCUCUCUUGAAUGUUUCUUGCACUGAUUCUUCCAUAGCUGAACUGGUAGAUUUCAUCCUGGCUCUAAUGGUUAUCAUGGUUCCCCUCUGUAUGGUUGUUACAUCAUACAUCUAUAUCAUUUUGACAGUCCUGAAGAUUCCUUCAGCUCAGGGAAGAAAGAAGGCUUUCUCCACAUGCAGUUCUCACCUCACAGUGGUUGUACUCUUUUAUUCCACCACACUCUUCACCUAUGCACGGCCCAAAGCUAUGUAUGCCUACAACUCUAACAAAGUUGUGUCAGUGCUCUACACUGUGAUAGUUCCUCUUUUGAACCCUCUAAUAUAUUGUUUCAGAAAUAAAGAGAUAAAUUGUGCCUUGAGGAAGACAUUUUUUCACUAAUACUUAGGUAAAGUAGUUAGUGUCACAGAAUAAUUCUAAAAUUAUAAACAAAAUUUCAGUAUAUAUACCACUGUGGUUGCUGUAUCUUAAUUUACAAUGCAUUUUCAUUUUAUCUGGUAGUUUGCAUAAAAAUUAUUUCAGGUGUCAGUUUUGUCUGGGGAUAUUCACUGAUAUCCCAUUUUUUUAAGAAAUCAGAAUAAAUAUGCAUGCAAUGGAUAUUGAUACUUUUAAAAUUGCAAAAUAGAUUCAGUAUAUUAUUCUUUAUUUUGGUCAUGUAUCAAUGUGAAAUAUAUGGAAUUAUACAAACAAGAAUAAUAAUUGAAAUAAAAUAAGAUAUUGAUAAUGUAGUUAUAGAGAUUACUAACAUAGAACUGUAGAAUUUUUUCACACUAAGAUCUAUCUAUAAGAAUUUACAUUCUAUUCUAUGAUAUUCUGUUAUGUUCUAUUCUAUUGAAAGAAAAUAGAACUGUUGUCUUAACUUUUAAAAUAUAUAUUUUCAUUCUUUGAUAGUUUGUUUCUUGCUUUUCAGUGAAAACCAUAAAUUGUACACAUCUGAAACAAAUAACCUAAUCAGUGGUGAGAUUCAAAUAUGUGAACAACCAGUUCUCUGUUUGGAUGCUGCUUCCAGAAGUCCAUUCUGGGCCUGGGCAACAAAAAAUUAGCUACUGGUUCUGGCGAACUGGUGCAAACUGGCUAAAUCCCACCACUGAACCUAAUAUUUUUAAUUACACA